CUCUCUGUUGGUUCAGUAAUGGGACGUUCCGGCUCAGUGCCUGUGCGGGUUCCCCCCCCCCAGUCCGGGCUGUCGCUUUAAGACAACGAUGGCUUUGUGUCUGAUUAAUUCAAUGUACGGCGACGCGUUAGUGGAGAAACCUUAUUAGACAACCAGCCACACACGCACACACACACACACACACACACACACACACACACAUACACAUACACAGUCGAGUGAGAGAGAGGAGAGAUACUGAGCAGACCAGUGCGCUGGAGAAGAGCUGGAUUUUACUUUAAAACACCUGAAGUCUUUUUUUUUUUAUGAUUAAACCGUGGGUUCCAUUUUUUUUUUCUUUUUUUUUUUUUCUUUUAAAGAUGAAGGCAUCUUGAGGAUGGGCUGCACACAUACACGUUUGGAAUAAAAGUCUGCAUCACCGCGCACGAAAGGAGGGAUUGUUCACCUGCAGCUGGAGUAAAAACACAAAAAACAAAAAAACAAAAAAAACAUCCGAUCCGAGGAGGAGGACAGAAGAUCGGAAGAAGGGAUGUCGUCGGAAAAACACGGUCUCGAUGACUCUGGCCGUCAGACCAUGCAGCCUCCCCCGUACCUCGCUGGCCCGCAAGACCCCAACAUACCCCAACACCCCAACAUGGCUCCUGCGCCGGGCACCCAGCCCAGCUACCCUCCCCCGCCUCCUCCACCGGGCUCAGAGGGUUACCUCCAAGAAACCCAGUUCCACUGCGGCCCGUUGGGACCUCCUGGGGCCCCGCAGGGAUACACCGUCCAGACCCAGGGUCCCGGAGGCACCAUGCCUCACCCCCCUGUAGGAUACCUCCACCCGGGCUACCCGCUUCAGCUGCAGCCUUGCACGGCUUACGUACCCGUGUACCCCAUGGCAUCGGGUCAGCCCUACAUGCCGGCUGGAGGAGCCCACCCAGGAAUCCCCCCGGGCCAGAUUCAUCCCAUGCAAAUGCCACCCAGCAUCACCCUAAUGGACCGUCGGCCACCACACGACUACCUGCCCAUUGCCGUGCUCACCACCGUCUGCUGCUUCUGGCCGACAGGCAUCAUUGCGAUCAUCAAAGCAGUGCAGGUGCGUACGGCGAUAGCCAGAGGGGACAUGGUGACGGCGGAAAUAGCCUCCCGCGAGGCGCGCAACUUCUCCUUCAUCAGCCUGGCUGUUGGCAUCGCCUCCAUUGUGCUGUGCACCAUCCUCACCGUGGUGGUCAUCAUCGCCUCGCAGCACCACGACGACGACUGGGAGCCGUAACUCCACGCAGAUGGGAAAUCAUGGCAUAUUUUAGCUAGCUAACUACUCUUAUAAUUGUUUGGAGGGAAGCUCUGAAAGUGCACUCAAACUGCUACUGCUUGCUGGCACUCUGUGUACAGCUACACACUCACACACACACACACACACACACACAUACAACCUAACCUGCUGCCAUCAAACACACACCGACGACCAAAAACAACCAAUCACAGCUAACAUUCAAAUGCCAAAUACAAGCAGCUGUCAAAUGAGACCCAGUAUUGCUGUUAGCACAGCGACCGCUUAAUAUUUACACACAGAUACGAGCUGCAGGAGGGAAACAAAGCUCCUCGCAUUAACAAUUCAUUUGACGCUGAUUAAUUCAUACGGCCUUCACUGAUGUAGUUAGAUGAGAGGAUAGGUCACUGUGUGUUUCCGUUUUCAAUGCUCCAACAUACAAAAUGAGCCCUCGCAGUACCUGCAGUUGAAGACAUCACAUUCAAAGAGUUUCCUUUAGGAUAGUUCAAUGCACAUUUUUAGUCUUACAGGUACAAGCAUACAUGUGUUCUCUUCUUUAAAAACUUAAAAAAAAAAAAAAAAAAAGUGCCAUGUUGAACCAGUGUUGAUUUACAGAGUAGUAUUAUUGCUGAUACACAGUGUUAGAGGGGGUGAUCAAUACACAUUUAACACACCAAAUGGAGACUGGACUUACAAAGUGACUUGCUAACCAAACAGAGUAUUUAUUUGAGCCUGGUUGUUUGCGUGUUACAUGGACAUUUUAGCUGGACGAUGUGAUACAUAACUUAUGAAUUAUAUGUUUGUUAAUUUAUUUAAAAUCUGUUAUUUAUUAAUUUAUUCAAUAUCUACCCAUGCAUUGACUUUGUCUGCUUUAAUUUAUAGUAUAUCACUGGUUUAUUUGCAGCUAUCUGACACUUUGAAUUGGCUUAAAUUUGAUAUCUCAUGAUGAUGAUAAUGAUAUUGCACUUUGUAGUAACCAGAUGAGGUGACGCAGCUGCUUAGAUUCAUAGCUCUUAUAGUGCAUGGUUAAUAUAAAUUUAGGCUAAUGGGCUUUUAGUGCAAAAAAAAAAAAAAAAGCUUGUCUCCCAGUUGUUGGGGGGAGUAUUUCCUAAAAUUUCUAUUAGUGUGUGGUACAGUAUUUUUCAAAAUGUUGAACUGUCAAAACAAGAAAAGGAGACAAUUUAGAUGAUAAGUACUUGAAUCUUGGGUUGUAUUUUAGUGUAUUGGCCUAUUUUGUGUUGCGCAUCUCUUAGCUAUUUAAUCUCAGACACUGUAUAUGAAACUUUAGUGCAACAUUAGACUUAUGAGGCAACAUAACCCUGCAUGUCAUUCUCAGUUUGUUUCCAUUUUGUCUUAAAUAUUGAGGCUAGAUGUGCAGCUGUGAGCUCCUGUAACGUUGUUUCACUGUUGUUCUGCAGCGAGUUGGGUCCCACCACCCCACCCCCGCUAUGAGUACAGUUUCUAUAAUGUAGCGUAGCUCUGAGCAGCAGGUGUGCAGAUGUUUGUAAGAGCCAACAUGGCUGUAAUGUUGCAGUAUGAACCAUUUUGUGAGUUUUCAGGAGUUACAGGAAAUGAAUGUCUCCAUUAGGAGAGAGAGAAACUACUAAUGCCUAUAUUGUAUUGUAGCACUUUCUGCUCUAUGAAAUCUUUCCUCUGGUUCCCUCUCUCUCUCUUUCUGUCUUUCUCCUGUCCACAAGAGUUAUUGGACCUAUCAACAUAUCUCUUCUUCUCCCCCCUUUCCUCUGUUGGUCCCUAUGAUAAUGCUAUUUUUAAAAGAAUUACAUAGAUAUAUUAAAAAUUAUGUUUGUUGACAAUGAACACAAAUAGAGACAGUAUAAAUACAGUUUAUGCCGUACUUUAUUUCUUUAACAAAUAUCUACUAGUAUUAUUAUUAUUACAUCGUAAAUUAUUGAUGUAUAAUAUUGAGUACGUUGAACACAUCUGGGUUUGUAUUUAUCAAACUUCUAAGAAUUAUACGUACAAAUACUCUUUUUUCUCUUUUUAUUUCAUUUUAUUUGAGUGAAGUCUCCAGUAGCAAUUACCACGUGAAGUAAUGACAAUCUAAAUAUUUAUACUAAAUGAAUAGUGAUGAAAUAAACUGGAGACAGGAGGAAGCAACUGCAAAAGGACUAAGACCACCCCAUUCCAAAUUAUUUUCUAUUGCCAGACAUCUAGGAUGUGUUAACAUCUGUAGAGGUUUAGAAUAAGUACACGUUAGUUAAGAACCACCUAUUUAGAAGUGAAACUCAGUUUGCUAAAUAGAUUUUAUUAUUGAAGCAGUAGUUUGACAUUUUGAGAAAUACACGUAUGUACUUUCUUGCAGAGAGUUAGAUGAGAAGAUUGACACCGUUUAACAUGAAGCUACAGCUAGCAGCAAGUCAGUUUAUCUUAGCACAAUGACUGGAAACAGCUAGCAUGGCCCUGCUCAAAGGCUAGCCCAUCAGAACCUCUUAAUAGUUGUGUUUACAUAUCUGUCUUUGUGCGGAUGUGAAAUAUAGAUACUGUAUAUACUGUAUAUGUAUAAAUGAAAUGGUGAGCCUUCGAGAUGCUAGUAGGCAGUUUUGGACAGAAGCAGUGCAGCUGUUUCACUUGUGGCUAAGCUAAUAUAGCUAAGAAGCUAAUAGCUUCAUAUUUACUGUAGAGACAUGAGCGUGGUAUCACUAUGUUUAUCUAACUCUGGGCAAGAAAGCAAAUUAGCAUAUUUCUAUUUAUUUUCUUGAGCAGGAGUAAAAGCACAUUAAGCCCAAAAAUGUCACAUUUAGCAGUUUGAUAAAUACAGGCCCUGUCCUUAUACGAUUGACUUGUUGAUAUUUGAGUGUUUGACAAGUAAAUGAGGCACAGUGCUGUUUAGUAUUAUUAGUGUACAGAAGGCUCUGGCAGUGAGUGCACAUCUAUUGAAUAGAGUCACUCCCAGCAUAUAUAGUUUAUUUGGCGCUAGGCUGCAUCUCCCUGUGUGCUUUCUGAUAGGACUCCUCUGUGCUCAGCAACCAGAACUGCAGCUGUUUAAUACACAGCUGGGAGGUGUGCUCCUCAUUUUCUUUUUCUUUUUUUUUUUGUGUUGUUUUGUUUUUUGAGCUUGUACAGUAAUUGCGACGGGUUGCUUGUUCAAAGAGCCAAAACUUACCUGUGUACAUGUGGUUCUCUUGAGGUUUAUUAUUCUAAUUAUGUUCAUGGCUGUGUUGCACAUGCAUUGGUUGUUUCUGACUUCAGUUGUUUGAGUAAUGAAUAAAGAAUCAUUUUGGGUUGUGAACGACA